AUGUCUUCAUCACCAUCUCCAUAUCCUACCUCAAACUAUACCCCUCAUCGAAACUCUCAAUCCUACUCUGGGAACGAUCCAAAUGCUCCACCACCACCACCUCCUAAACCAAAUUCCCGAGAUGUGAGUCGUCAAGGUACACCCGCAGGAAGUGGAACUCAAUCAUUUCCUAGACCUGGAGUUUCAAUGCAAUACGAAGGAAGACAAGAUGAUACUUCACGAGAACAAUCUCAACAAAUUCAAGAUCCUGGGGAUCAAUGGCUUCCGAAUUUAUUGUUGGAUAAAUCGAAGCAAGACCUCGCAUCCGUAUUAUCCAACCCUGCUCUCCUAGCCGCUCUCACACACUCAACAUCUACCGCUCAUCCCUCCAUUUCUAUAUCACAAGAACCACUGAAAUCCGCAUUGGAUAAUAAUAUUGCACUAGCAACUCAUCUAUUGGAACUUGAGUCUCGACUUGAUCACCUGCGCUCUUCAACACAAGCUCAAUUAUUAUCUACACAUGCAUUGGAACGUCAAUGGAAACAAAAACAAUCCGAGAUGGAUAGAACUUUAGCCCCUUUCUCACCGAGCUCAUUAUAUCAACGAUUAGGACAAGGAGUUCAGGAACAAGAAAUGAUUUGUAGGGCCAUGGAAGAAAGCUUUCUUGAGAGUGAUGGUGUGGCUACGGAAAGGGAAGCAGUUGAUUGGGUUAGAAAGUAUAGGGAAUCGAAGAAAGUUUAUUAUUCAAGGAGAGAGAGGAAAGAUAGAUGGGAUGAAGGAAGAGUUGGAGGUUGGAGAUGA